UCCUUCCCUUUCCCCGGGGGGCCUAUCCGGGUGAGUUCCGGAGUUUGUGACUCCAAAAUCGCUGCAAACUACGAGCGAUCUCCCUCAUCACGGAGGCCCGUUUCUCCAACCCGUACCGCGCUCGCCGUAACCCACGACUCCCUUCUCUGGAGGGCGCAGGCUCGCGGAGCAGGCGGGGUCCCGAAUCCACGGGCGCGUGCCCGGGCGCGCGUUCCGCCGAGCUCGCUCCCAGCUUCACCUCCCAGCUCCGGUCCCAGUGGCACGCCGCGCGCCCCCGGCUUCCCCUCACCUCCCAGCCCAGCGGCCUUCAGACCCCGCGCCGUUGGAGCGACCUGGGUGAAGCCAGGCACUCGGUCCGCCCGAGGGGAAACCGGAGGAGGACCGGGCGGUCCUGUGCGCCUGGGUAGGCGGAGUGGCAGAGUCACCUGAGACCGCCAGACAGCUCCCUGCGUCCCACUCCCACUCGAGCUCGGCACCCGGACUAGUGAUCCAGGCCCGGGAACCCGCGUCACAUCGGGGAGGACUGGCCACAGUGAGCUAGUGGAGAUGGCCACACCGUUCCUACCCGCGGGGGCCACCACGGGCGACAGCGGUGGGGAACUGAGCUCCGGGGACGACUCCGGUGAUUUGGAAUCCUUCCAGACCUCUGAGGCUGAGGCGACCCGGAGCCUGGCCGAGCUGUUUGAAAAGGCUGCCGCACACGUCCAAGGCCUGGUUCAGGUGGCCAGCAGGGAGCAGCUCCUGUACCUGUAUGCCAGGUACAAGCAGGUCAAAAUUGGAAAUUGCAAUAUUCCUAAACCAAACUUCUUUGAUUUUGAAGGAAAGCAAAAAUGGGAGGCAUGGAAAGCCCUCGGCGACUCAAGCCCUAGCCAAGCAAUGCAGGAGUACAUCGCGGCAGUUAAAAAACUAGAUCCAGGAUGGAAUCCUCAGGUGUCAGAGAAGAAAGGAAAAGAAGGCAAUAGUGGUUUUGGUGGUCCGGUCAUUAGUUCUCUAUAUCAUGAAGAAAUGAUCAGGGAAGAAGACAAAAACAUAUUUGAUUACUGCAGGGAAAACAACAUUGACCAUAUAACCAAAGCCAUCAAAUCGAAAACUGUGGAUGUGAAUAUGACAGAUGAAGAGGGCAGAGCGCUGCUCCACUGGGCAUGUGACCGAGGACAUAAGGAGCUGGUGAAAGUCUUGCUACAGUAUGACGCUGGCAUUAAUUGUCAGGACAAUGAAGGCCAGACAGCACUUCAUUAUGCUGCCGCCUGUGAGUUUUUGGACAUCGUGGAGCUGCUGCUCCAGUCUGGCGCUGACCCUACUCUCCGAGACCAGGACGGCUGUUUGCCAGAAGAGGUGACAGGCUGCAAAGCCGUCUCUCUGGUGCUACAGCGGCACAGAGCUAACAAGGCUUGAUCCAGAGCCUGGAGAAGCACAGUUUGGCCGAAUAGGACUUCCAGGAUAAAAGAAACUGCAAAAAUAAUACUUCUUUUACCACCCAUCUUUGGUAUGCAUUGGCUAAUAAAAUCAGUUCGAGGAACUGGGA